ACUACCCUUCGCCCAAACUGCAAGCGAUUCCUGUUUUCCGGUUUCUGACUCAGACGCAUCGAGACCUGCUCGGCCAUUCUAAAAACGCUCUCAUAUUUUCGGCAGACAAUCAUGGGCGCUCCCAAGCGAUCCUCACGGCCCAUGUCGUCGCCUAGGCUUCCAGUCCUGUGCGCAGCGCUGCUGCUGCUGCUGCUCUCAUGGCAGCACGAGCGCGCAGCAGCGCAGCUACCGCACGACAUCCCCACCAUCCGCAUCGGCUUCAUGCUCCCCGACCCCGACCACAGCUCCGCCAUCCCCUCCUCGCUCGCCAAAGAAUGGAUGAGCGCAGCGCAGGUGGCGAUCGACGUGCUGGCGCCGGACUACAUCGACUUCACCAUCGAGCCCGUCAUCGUCGAGACCGACUGUAACGCGGACAGCGCGCGCGCGGGCGCCAAGGCGCUGGUGGAGCGCGGAGUGGUGGGCGUGGUGGGCCCCGCGUGCAGCGAGGCGGUGGUGGGCGCGGACGAGGUGUUCCGCCGCCAGGGCAUCCCCUUCGUGUCCUUCGCCGCCACGGCGGACGUCUUCCGCCAGGGCGUGCAGUUCUACUCCUUCUUCCGCACCGUGUUCGGCGAUCGUCACCAAUCAGCGGCCAUUCGCAACGUGGUGCAGCACUUCAACUGGAAGAAGCUCUACGUGUUCUAUUCCGACGACACGUACGGCCGUGCGCUGGGCUACGACGUGUCGGUGGAGCAGGACGCGGGCGUGGCGACGCACCUCAUUCGCGUGCCGUACCCGCCGCCCGCCGACUGCUCGGCUUUCUUCAAAGCGCCGGACGGGAAUGGAGGGGUGAUUCAGGGCGGGGAGGACACGGCCGUGGUGAUGGCCGUGCUGCCGGCCGUGGCUGAGUGCCUGUGGAAGGCGGCCGAUAAGCUGAGCCUCCUGGAGUACCCGUGGUGGUACGUGGGUACGGACGGCGUGGUGGCGCUCGACUUCUCCGACGCCCUGCCCGGCUCGCCCACCAGCAGCCUCGCCGCCAGGCUCAACGGCGAGCUGGGGGUUGCGCCCUUCGUGGGCGACUUCGCGGAGGACAACACGUUUCAGCGCUUCCUGGACUACUGGAGCAUGCAGUCGUUCGACAAGUUCCCCGGCCUCAUCACCAUGCCCGUGCACCCGCGCCUGCGCUACCCGCGCGCGUACGUGCCGUACCUCAUCGACACCGUGUGGGCCUUCUACGAGGGCAUCAACAACAUCGUCGUCAACCAAGGCGUCAACGUGACAGCAGGCGCGCUGCGGCGGUGCUUCAACAACGAGCCGGCGGGGUGUGUGGCGUUCUACGGCGUGACGGGGCAGGUGGCGUUCAAUGGCAGUACGGGCGAGCGCGCCAAGGACCGCGUGCGCCCCGCAUACUCGGUGCAGCAGCUCGCCAACCGCACCUGGCACCAGGUGGCUGACUGGUCGCUUGCAAGGGAGGGGGACCGCCUGGCGUUCAGUGCUGAGAGGGUGGCGCAGCCGGGCGAGGAUCAGGCCUCCACCGGGCUCAGUGGCGGCGCCAUAGCCCUCAUAGUACUCGCAGUGCUUGCGGUGGUGGGCGGGGUAGCAGUGUACGUGGGGCGCGUGGUGUGGGACAAGCGGCGGCGCAUCCACCACAUGGGAGCGUCCUUCAACGCACAGCCGCUGGCCCUGGCAGACGAGGCGGAGAUGGAGAGGGGCAAGGUGCGCCUCAUCUAGCGGUGAGGGGCUCUUAUACGAAGCGAGGCUCCAGUGCCUGUGGCCUGAGCUUGGCCUGAGCUUGGGUUGAAUUAAAUAAACAGUGGUCAGGUGAUGGAUGCUGCAGCUGGAGAAAGACCUCAAGGGCCAGCCAAUGGGCAAUGGAGCAAGUGUCUAAUGGAUGCUGGCCUGGCCAGCGUGCAGAGAAACCCCUGUAUCCAAUACUAUAGUGUACCCUUCUUACGUUAGUGAUAUAGCCAGCAACAGGAUCCAGUCCAAUGUGUUAACCGAGCCAGCAUAGGAACUCUUGGUUGAACAUGCCAGCAGCACCUUUUUGUUGGUGCCCAACCCAACCUUGUACCUAGUGAAGUGAUACUGACGGUAUG